GCAGUGUUAACGUCAGCACUGCCAUCAGUGAAGAAUGGAGGUGCGCGGUCCUCGGAGGAAUCGCAGCUACCUGUCUGAUCUCUACAUGCUGCGGGCUCAAGACACACCAGGACAAGGACAGCAGCAGCCCUCAAUGGUACGUCCGAGCAGCAACCCAUGUCUUGUGAGCCAUGCCCCAGUCAAGGUGGUGGCCCAGCCUCAUCAGCCUCAGAGCAGCACUUCCAGCAGCUGUGAUCCAGCACUGCGGCCUAUCAUCCGCCGCCGAGCGAGGUCUUUGCCUACAACACCUGAAAGAAGGAAGCGAGUGCAGUGUCAAGCUCCUGUGUGCCAGAGCCGCAUGAACAAGGUGAGAUUUGCUGAUGCUCUGGGCUUGGAGCUGACUGAAGUGAAAGUCUUCCAGAAAGGGGAGGAUCCUUCCAUCCCUCUACAUGUCCUUUCCAGGCUCUCCAUAAAUUCAGACCUCUGGUACAGCAACUUGGAGUUUACCAUGCAAUGCUUAGUCCCUGAUUUCCAGCAGCCUGCAGACUGCAUGGAUUUCUCUGCCCGACUUCAGGAACAGCAGGUGUGUCUUGAACGAGUGACCAGUUCAGAUCUGGGGGUCAAUGGCACCAUCCAAGUUUGCAACAUUGCUUUUGAGAAGCAAGUAUCUGUGCGAUAUACCUUCAACCAGUGGAAAAGCCUCCAUGAAGUGUGUGCUCAUUGGCACAGUAGCAUCUCUGAGAAAAAUGGGCAGGAUCAAGUUGAUGUUUUCACUUUUUUUCUCCCUGUGCCUUCGUUCCUCCUUCAGCUGUGCUCUGUAGUCCAGUUUGCAGCAAGAUACCAAGUCAAUGGGCAAGAGUAUUGGGAUAACAACAGAGGCAAAAACUACAGCCUCACAUGCCGGACUCACCCCCUCAAGAUGCCUAGAGAAUGCGAGGAGAGCUGGAUCCACUUCAUCUGAAUGAAGAAAAGUGGAUGCAGAACAGCUUUGCAGUAGUCUCAGCGGCCCUCUCUUGCGUGGCAUUGCUCUGUGCUCGUUUUUGAAGCCUACCAAACCUGGCAGAGUUUCACGACAGGCAGGUAGCCAGCGAUCCGGACAUACUGUUCUAAACCUCUGAAAGUAUAAAGGGCCAAAAUGUGGAGAGCUAUAUCUGCUGAAAGUCUGGGUGUUUUUUUUUAAUAUAUGAAUCAAGGCAGAAUAGUUUAAAGGGAUUCUCUCAGACUAUUUAGAAGAGAUCAAGAGAAGACACUUUAUGUUGCUAGCAAUAUUCUAGAUUGCAUAGAGUAUUUCUAACAGAUCUAUUUUACUAUUUUGUACUGUCUGUUUUUUAAAUGGGCAGUGCAGCUUUACUGUUUUCAUUUCUAAUUUUGUUUGUAUUAUCAUACCGAGUCUGGGCACUGUUCCAAUUACACACAAUUUGCAUGGCAGACACUGUAGGGAAGCACUUACACAUACACACACACAUAUAUAUAUAUAUAUGUAUAUAUAUAUGUAUAUAAAAUAUAUAUACAAUUUUUUUUAAAGACUGUUACUGUGCUGAGUAUUUCCAUUAGUUUAGGGGUUGGAAAGUAAAGAAAUGUUAUGAGCAAAACCUGCAUGAAAUUUUCCAAUCAGUCCCUGUUUCCCUUAUUAUUAUUAUUAUUAUUAUAUAUUUUUUAAGUGCCUUAUCUCCACUGUUUGCUGUAGGCAGGGGGAAUGAUUGUUACCAGAAUGUAUGAGGGUACUCUGAUGCUUCAUGGGGAAGCUCUCAUCUUGUUCACGCAAUUUAUCAGUAGGCUUUUCCUCCAGGUGGUGGUACAGGAGUUGUCCUUCUGCAGCUGCAUUUACUAAAGAAAACAAGAGAAAUUUUGCACUUGAAUUACGUUUAUGCUCUUACACUCAUACUUGAAAUAGGUAAACUUGUAAAUCAAGCAGAUGUGAGAAGGGAAAGAAAAGUCAAUACAUUGAGCUUGUUACAAAACCUUGCAGUAGGAUUCUAGAACCCUGAAUCCUGGCUCCCUGUUUCCCAGCAUCCCACUGCCAUUGCAGUAAUACUUUUUGAAUGCUCUGAUCAGCUACUUUUAUUAUAAACCAGUUGAUCUCUAAGACUGCAUCCUUUGCAACGUGAAACAGGAACCUCAAAGCAAAAUGAUGCUCUUAAUGGUAAAUUAGCAUUUAAAUGUGUCCUCAGAUUAUCUUCUAUAGCAGGGAAAGCAUAGCAACACAAGUACUGCAUACUCAAUACUUCUGCUCUGCGACUUUUAUUCUGAGGAAUUAGUGUGGUUUGAGGUAGGCAAUGGGCUUGGUGACAGGCUUCAGUCUAGUAAGUAGAAGAUUGUCCAUGUAUUUGUUUGUUUCCCACAUACCCAACACUUGCAUGCAAAAUUUAUGACAUGCAUUUUUAAAGCUGUCUGGGUGGAAUUAUUAGAGCUGCUUUUUGGAAGAACUGUACUAUGAAAAUCAAGCCAUGUAUUCAGACAUCUAACUUUAGAUUGUUGCUUAUUCAUCAAAAUCACAAGUGAUUUUUAAAACCACAGUGGUAAUUAACUCAUGGUUGACUAUGUGCUAAUGCAAAAGGUCCAACAAGUAAUUCUGGAAGUACAGAAACACUGAGAAAAUUCAAGUGUUUGGCAACUUAAUGUUACUAGUUGGGCUAAUUAUUUAUCAACACCAGGAUAUGAAGUGAACAGGCUUCCCAGAAAAGUAGUCUUUAGUUUUCAAAGGAACAGCUGAUGAAUGAUGGUUCUUUGAGUGCUUAGCACCUCUUUCAGAGUACAGUGAAAACUCAAUUGUAUUGGAAACCAUUGGGAACUGAGUGUGUUGUCAUACUGGAGAACUCACCCUCUGAAAGUUAAUGUGCACUUACACAUCCACCAUUUUGUUCUUUGUUUUGAAUCGUAUGUUUAUAAUUUCUUCCAUAGCAAUCCGGUGCAUACUGCUUUCAGUUAGAGUUUUCUUUAAGAAAAAAAACAGACAAACUUUUGAUAGAACAGGCAAAUCAUUUGUUUUCAUUCUAUAAUUUGGCCAUUUCUGUUAGCGACUGCUGCUUAAAUGCAAUUUUGAUUUCUUUCCUAAGUAAAUGAAAUGUCCACAGAUGAUGGAUUUCAUUUAUAAAGCUUACAUAGCUGUCCAGUGUAACAGCAGAAAUGCAAGAUGUACUUUGAAUGGCUUGUUUUCAGCAGGACACUUGUCAGUAGUUGAAUUCAUUUGGGGCUGGCAGCGUUUUCCUCUGAAAGCCAACUUCUAAGUAUUAAUCUUCCUAUAAGCCUACCUACCUAUGGUAAUUAAUUUUGGUUUUUAACUUGUAUGUAUAUUAAUCAAUUACCAGUGGUUAUCUGUGGGUAGGGAACAGUAAAAAUAAUCAUUUAUUAGCUUUUUGCAUAAAAAAAAAAUUCAUUUUCUAUUUAACAGAAAAUGAAUGCCAGUGAUGCUUUAAUUUUGUAUUGGAGCACAGUGAGAUCAAAAGUUCAAGUUGAAAUUGUUUUGAACGAGUGACACAACUGCUCCAUUGGGAAAUUUCAUAUCUGUUAAGCCUUCAUAGCCAUUAAGACAAGCAGAACACUUCUGAGAUUGGAGUGAGGCUGGAGAGUGAUUCAUAGCUACACAGAUUAAAAAGACUGUGUGCUUUCAGUCCACCUGCAUUAUUUUCUGUAUCUGAGUUAAAGGAGUAACUGUUGAACAAUUGAGCAGCAGCUCUUUUGUCAUAGGGGAAGGAGAACUGAAACUCUGUUCUUCCUCAUAAGCCAAAAAAAAAAGAGAAAGAGAGAGAGAGAGAUGGAGCAAUGCAAGAAGGGGCACUUCUUAACUUGUGCCCUAUGGUGGGCUCUGUAUGGCUAAAUGACAUAUGAUGGUGUGUGACAUAACACAUCUGGAGAAAUCAACCCAGAUGUUCUCUAUAGUCAGUAGCAGUGUUGCUGUAGUUUGCAGGCUGCCUGUAGUGUGACAAACUGUGUCAGCUGCUGCAGGAUGAGUUCUGCUGCAAAGAAAUUCUCAGUGCUGUUGCAGAUUGUGCCAAAUGUCAGGUAGGGUGAAACACACCUUGAGUAACUGCAGAAGAAUCUUUCUUGGCAUGAACUGAACCUUACUUUGGUGAAACUUGCUUCCUUAAGUAUCAUUAAAGUUUAUUGCUUGUUGUUGAACUCCAUAGAAGUGGAAUUUUACAUAUUUGUUAGCAAAGUAAAAUGAAAACAUAGGCACAUGAACACACACACAUGCACAGAAGAACUUGUGCUGAAUAAAAGGUACUAUUUUAAAGUACUACUCCUUCGCCCUCCCUCCAAUUACUGUAUUUCUUUCCUGAGCAAAAACACUGAACUGUCUCGCAGCACACUGUUAACUUCCUUCUCUUCUGAGACUGCUAUUUAAUCCUGUUUUACAAUGGGUGUUGCUGGAGCCCAAUGCAAUACUUGGUUUACUGGUGUUAAUAUGUUGUUGCUAUCUUCUGGAAGAGAAUCAUUCAUGCUUGCAAAUGUCAAAAUUUCCUUGUUACUGCAAGGAGCAAGAGAUUAUAGAGAGACCAUCAGUUUAAAGUCAUGUAUGUCAGAGAGGUGAGAACUGAAUAUCUCAGCAAUGUGAGUUUGGCUUGUAUUGUCUUCCUUCUGCAGCUUCUCAGGGUAUUUGCACGUACAAAAUUUUGAAUAUUCAAGUGUUAUUCCAAGUUUGCCUUUUAUCUCUGCAUGUAGAAGAAUGCUGUAGAUGAAUGGACAGCAGCUGUUACUAAACCAGUUGCCUGGCUUUGCUGACUGAGUUGAGCAUGCAUACAUUAGGAAGGAACGGGGAGGGAUCUCUAGAUUCCUUCAGUACAUAAAAAAAACAUUUUGCUUUAGGUGCUCCUGAACUGUUAAAUAUUCACACAGACACUGAGUCAUGGCAGAUGAAAUCUGUACUUGUUUUUUUUCCUGUCACAUUCAGUAGUGAAUAUCAGAAGGCUUCUAGUUGACAACAACAAAAGGAUUAAGCCAUUAAGUAGUGGUAGCAUGCACCUAUCGUGAAGGCAGACUUAUGACCACUUAAGUUCUCAGGACAUCUUGACUGCCUGCACUGUGUUCAAACUGAGCACUUCCCUUAUAGAUUUUGUAAAAGUGAAUUCUUCACAAGAGUUAUUGCCAUAUAAUGCACUUUCAAAACUUGUCUUUAUUAUAGUCAUAGAAUGUCCAGUAACUCACAGUUUCAAGGUCCUUUCAAGUAUGUUUUUGUAAACAAACAUGGAAUCCAUGUAAGUGAAAAGGUUGCCUUUCCUGAUUGUUAUGUCAAGAAAAAAAGUACAUUGCACAGUAUGUCAAUGAAGUACAUCUGCUUGACAAAAUGUCAUUUUGUUUUAGUGAGGAGUUGUAAAGUGUUUAAUUUCUUUAAGAACAGUAAGAAAACUAUGACUAUUUUAAUAUGGGAGGUUGCAAUAAAGCUUUUCACGGUU